AUGGAACGAAAGGUGCAAAGAGAGCGGUCGUCGAUGCAGCGACAGCUGCGCCGGCUGCAACAGCAAUUGAAGAGCGAACGGCGGCGCCGGCAACAGCUCCAGGCCCAAAUGCAGCAGGUACGAGACGGUCAAUCGCAGCAGCAGCACCUGCCUUGGCAUUACCUUCUAUGGCAUCAGCAGCAGCAGCUGUUGCGCCAACAACAGCAGCAGCAGCAGUAUUUGCUUCAACAGCAGGCGCACUUGCCGCAGCGGCCCCUGCAUCAACCGCAACCGCCGCCUUUGCUUCAGCACGACCAGGAGAAGCGGCAGCGCUUGAUGCAGCAGCAGGAACAGCACGUGAUGCCUGUUGAGGAAGGCACACGGCAGCACACGCAGCGUAAGAGGAGGCGGGAAGAGCAAGGGGAGCUGCAGCCGAGGGAAGAGGAGCAGCAUCGGCCGCGGCAACAUGGCAAUCAGCACCCAGGGCAUUUGGUGGAAGAUGAAUGGCUUGAACCGGAGCUUCCAAUUGCCCAAGCGCCUCAGCCGAGCACCUCUCAGCAAGCGUUGCAGCAUUCAACUGCUGGAGCAGCAGCACGCCGCUCAACGUCCGAGGACCGCAGCACCCAGGUUACUCCUUUCCAGGUAGCCAUCCAGCUGAUUCCUGUACUUUCAUCGGCUCCUGUUGUCUCAAUCUCCGCUGCGGCGGCUGGGGAUGACGCUCCUGUAGGUCCUCCAGUAGGGGCUGUAACAUCGAACGCAGGAGUUGCGCUUGUAUUGGCUGCUGCUGAACCGAAGUUCGCUGCACCAGUGACAACGGGAAAAGCCGUGAAGUUGAAGCCCCGAACUGUUUCUGGUUUGCAAAAUCAUGGGAGUGGCAAAAGUAAUGGAACAGCAGCUGCUGGAACAGCAGCAGCAGGUUCCGCCAUAGCCGCAUCUGGAUCGACUUCAGCAAGCACUACGCCGACAGAUGACUCGGAUUCUGUUCCUGAUGAUAUUAGAGAACAUCCGUUUGUGCAUCUGCCUCAGCGACUUGCGAGCACGACUACGGAGACGGUUUUGGUUGAUUUGAGGCGCGCCGUGACAGCCUGUCCCGGCAGGCUGGACCUCAUUCCGCUAUUGCAGGAGGCCCGUGAUGUGCUGUCGCGGCGCUUUCUGUGUUUGGAAAUGCAGAAGAAGUUGGCGCAUCUAGCAGGGGCUUUGAUAGAGCAUGCGAUGAACCACCAGCACCAGGACCUGUCAAAGGUGCGAACCACCCGCGCACUUGUUCGGCUGGCGUUGCGUUUUCUGCUUAUGGAUGUUGUGGUCUCCGCCUUCAUAGUUCUCGACCAGACACCAGACGGAGAUUUCUGGAAGCGCUUCACAGAUACGGUUAGCCACAGCCCACCCUUGGGCCCUUCCCAGGGAAGCGGAGAAGGGCGGAAUACUUUCGCCUUGUGUCUUGCUCGGGAGCUAAGCAAGGCAAUAGUAACACUCAAAACUGGAGUGAGGCCAAAGCCUGAAGACCUUAUGCGUAUCAAACAUAUGCUCUUCUGCUCACCGUCCUCUCCGUCGCGUUUUAGAAGGCCUGAUUUCGAUGGAUGGAGACAGGAUAGCUGCGAGCGCAUCGAUGAACAGUAG